AUAAAAAUCAAAUGGUAGCUCCUUUACUUCUUACAGCCAGUCACCAAAGAUACAAAGAUAUUAGGAAAUGGUCCUUCUUCGUAAACACCGUCAAGGACUAAUACUGCCGGGAACGUGAUCUGCUUCAGGCAAGAUAUCGCCCUAACAGCAAAGUAUCUUUGAGAUAUUCUAGCCUCAAGUGACCAACAUCUCUUACUAAUCAAUUCAACAUUCGUUUUAACCAGCAGCUUUUAAUCAUGCGCAACUUGCCAGAAUAUUCAUCAUGUUGAAUAGGCGAAGGGGGCUAAUGUGGAUAUGCGCCGGCGGCUGAUUCUUAUCAAACAAAGGAACUGUGCCUAUACCGGAAGUACCAACAGGGCUAACCCGCUUUGGCAAACGAGGUCUUACAUUAGGGACAUUAUUAGUGCCCCUAAAAGUAAAGAAUCAGAAUAAACAGGAUUUGACUCUGCGAUUAAAUCUUCAGCAUGGGUUUUGAUCAUAUGAAGGCGGUAGGCUGACAUGUAAUUGUUUAAUCUGUCCUUUAUACUUACAUUUGCAAGAAUUAACCAUCAUUUUAAUCUCCAAUUAUUGUUACAAUUGGUCUUCAUGAAAUGGCAGCUUUAAGAAAAGAUAGAAGGAAGACUUCAGAUUCUGAUGACAUUGAAAUUAUUGGAGAAGACAAGGCAUCAAAAGAUCAGAUUGAUAAAGCCAGAAGACUACAGUUGCCUGAUCAUUUUUACCUCAACAAGGAAAAUACACCUGAUGAAGUGUGUAUAGACUGUGAGAAUUAUAUACCUAAAGAAACUAAUCAUGAUAAACAUACAGAUGAAGUUAUAUUUAAAUAUACAAUUGAAGAUAUAGCAAAAUUUAAAAGAAAACAGUUAAGCCCACCUUGUAUGAAAGGGAAUCUUUCAUGGAGACUUGUUGCUAAACCUCAAUGGAAAAACAAAAAAAAAAGGACAAAAUCUCUGAGCUUAUGUCUUCAGAACUAUUUAGGAAUAUUUCUUCAGUGUGAGGGAGAUGAAAUUUCAAGGAAAUGGAAGUGUAAAGUAGAAGCAUCAAUCAAAAUUCUUAAACACAAUAGUGAUGAACCCUUGACAAAAACAGUUCACCACUUGUUUUGUAGCAAAAAGAAUAGUGAAGGAUACAGUAAAUUUAUAUCAUGGAAUGAGUUAGUAAAUCCAGCUAAUAAUUAUGUGAAAGAUGAUAAAGUAACAAUUGAAGUAUGUAUCAAGUCUGACAUCACAUCAAACUCAGAAUCACCUGAAGAAAUUGGUUUGACUCCAUCUGCAUCAUCAAGUCUAACAUCAAGUACCAACAAUAGAUCAUUAACUCAAAACUGCAGUCUAUUCCAACUACCAUGUUUCGUCCCAUCAAGUCACACAAGUCUAAGCUUCAUGCAAACCAUUCCCGGCUACAGUUCAUAUAUACCACCACUAAACAGUAUACCAAGUCCAAGAUACCAAGACUACAUCUCAACAAGAUCAAGAUAUACAAGCUACAUCCCAACAAGACCAAACUACAGACCAACAAGUUCAAGAUAUAGCCCACUUAGUCCAAGCUUUAGUCCUAUUAGUCCAAGCUAUCGACCUACAAGCCCAAGUUACAGUCCAACUAGCCCAAGUUACUGUCCAACAAGCCCAAGUUACAGUCCAGCUAGUCCGAGUUACAGUCCGACUAGCCCAAGCUACAGUCCAACAAGCCCAAGUUACAGUCCAACAAGCCCAAGUUACAGUCCAACCAGCCCAAGCUACAGUCCUACAAGCCCAAGCUACUGUCCUUCAAGUCCAAGCUACAGUCCAACAAGCCCAAGUUACAGCCCAAUAAGCCCAGGCUACAGUUCUUCAAGCGCAUGGUACAGUUCAACAUGCUCAAUCUAUAGACCAACAAGACCAAGUCACAGUCAAACAAGUCCAAGCUAUAGUCCAACAAGCCCAAGUUACUGUCCAACAAGUCCAAGCUAUUGUCCAACAAGCCCAAGUUACAGUCCAACAAGUCCAAGCUAUAGUCCAGCAAGCCCAAGUUACUGUCCAACAAGUCCAAGCUAUAGUCCAACAAGCCCAAGUUACAGUCCAACAAGCCCAAGCUAUAGUUCAGAUUAUAGUGAAUUAUGGUGAUUUUUUUUACAAUUUUGCUUUUUACUUUGGGAGACAAAGAGCCUGAAAAUUGUCAGGACACCUAUUAGUUGAUGGGGACUGUUUCAGUGUUUGGAGUGUCUAUCACAUCUGCAAUUUUUGUCGAGCCUGCAACUUCUGUCGCAGAAAGCUCGGCAUAUUAGGGAAAAUUAUCCGGCGUCGGCAACGUUAACAAACUUCUUAAAAGCUUUAUAUUUUAGAAGGUGGAAGACCUGGAUGCUUCAUACUUUGUAUAUAGAUGCCUUAAUCAUGUUAUGAAGUUUCCAUCUGUCAUAUGUCCGUUGUCCUUGACCUCAUUUUUAUGGUUCAGUGACUACUUGAAAAAAAAGUUAAGAUUUUUUGUAAUGUUAAUUUCUCUCUUAUUAUGAAUAAUAGGAUAAUUAUAUUUACUAUGUGUGUACCUUCCAAGGUCCUCAUGCCUGUCAGACAGUUUUCAUCUGACCUCGACCUCAUUUCAUGGAUCAGUGAACAAGGUUAAGUUUUUGUGGUCAAGUCCAUAUAUCAGAUACUAUAAGCAAUAGGUCUACUAUAUUUGGUGUAUGGAAUGAUUGUAAGGUGUACAUGUCCAACUGGCAGGUGUCAUCUGACCUUGACCUCAUUUUCAUGGUUCAGUGGUUAAAGUUAAGUUUUUGUGUUUUGGUCUUUUUUUUUAUUACUAUAUGCAAUAGGUCAACUUUAUUUGGUGUUGGAAAUAUUUUAUGAUGAACAUGUCAGUCUGGAAGGUUUUAUUUGACCUUGACCUCAUUUUCACGAUUCAUUGCCCAGUGUUAAGUUUUGUGUUUUGGUCUGUUUUUCUAAUACUAUAAGCAAUAGGUCAACUAUAUUUGGUGUAUGGAAUGAUUGUAAGUUGUAUAUGUCUGUCUGGCAGGUAUCACCUGACCUUGACCUCAUUUUCGUGGUUGAUUGGUCAAUGUUAAGUUUUCAUGGUUAAGUUUGUUUCUGAGAUACUAUAGGUAAUAGGUCAACUAUAUUUGGUGUAUCGAAUGAUUGUAAGGUGUAUAUGUCUGUCUGGCAGGUAUGAUCUGACCUUGACCUCAUGUUCAUGGUUCAUUGGUCAAUGUUAAGUUUUCAUGGUUAAGUUUGUUUCUUAGAUACUAUAAGCAAUAGGUCAACUAUAUUUAAUGCAUAGAUCGAUUGUAAGGUGUACACGUCUCUGGCAUGGUUCAUCUGACCU